UCCUCAUCACACGCACGCACGCACGCACGCACGCCUCGCUCGGCCAUGAGCUUCUUUGGCUUCGACACGAGCCUGCCCCGCGACAAAAAGGGAGGCGGGCUCGACGAUCCCUUUGCCUCGCUCGGGUCAGGCGCAGCUGGUGGAGCAUUGGAUGAUGAGCAGCUAGACGCCAAGAUUCGCGGCUUGACUGCGGGGGCUCAGGAGGAUGUACAGAUUUACGAAUGGGGAGGAGAAGGUUACGACGGCCUUGGCGACAUGCUCGACGAGGCUGGAGAUGACCUUAAUGCUGACACGUUUGGCGCUGAGCCCAGUGAUAUCGGCAAGGAUUUCGACUUCGGUCACGGCCCUUCAGCCCCCGCAGCGCCAGCCAAGCCAGCAUCAAAGGCAAACGACUCGAUGUUCGCCAGUAACUUCGACGAUUUCUGGGCAUUGCCUAGCAUGACGAAAAAGGCUGCCCCACCUGCGCCUGUCCAGCAGCAGCAGCAGCAGCAGCUACCGCCUCCCCCAGCCCGUGCUGCCAAGACGAUGGAGGAGAUCGAGGCAGAGCUGCGCGCUUCAAGGAUCUCGCAACAGCCUCAACCGCCAGCCGCCUCGAGCUCUCCUGCCCCGGGAGGACGUCGACCGAUGACUAUGGAGGAGAUCGAGGCUGAGAUGAGGGGCGGUCGACCAGCUCCCCAGCAGCAGCAGCAGCCGACUCAACAGCAGCCGAUGCCGAUGCCCAGUGGCGCACAGCCUCCCUCAGGACCAUUCGCCGGCCUCAUGCAGCCUCCUCCCUCCGGCGCUUCUCAACAAACCACCGCAGCCCCUCCUCUCGGGCCUCGCAACGAUGUCGACUUCCCCGCACUGGGAGCUCGCCCACCCCCACCUACCGGUCCUCUCGCUGGCGGUCCUCCGCCUCCGACAGGUCCAGCUCGCGGUGCUGGCCCUCUACCACCGGCAGCGAUGGCGAUGCAGCAAUCCCACGCCUCGAUGCAAGCCCAACAAGCAGAGCACUUCGCCCGCAUGCAAGCAAUGCUCCGCGCCCUGCCCGAGCCAGUCCAGCAAGGGAUCACUUCGCUCCCUCCUCAGCUCCACUUCGAUGUUCUUCAGGGUGUCGGGCGUGAGUUCGCCGUGCUGCUUCAACCUGCAGCAACGGACGAGGACCGUGAGGUGCAGGCCCGAGCAACUGCGGCAGCCGUCAACAAGCUGCGGGGCAUCCAUCGCUUCGAGGAGAAGCGCAACCAGCGCGCAGCAAAGAUCGCCGCCAUGUCGCGAUACAACAACCUGAUGAGUGUAUCGGACAAGGAGUUUAUCACACGCAUUCAAAUUUCCCAGAUCCUGCCCAACGACCCCUACGCCGAGGACUUCUAUGCCCACAUCUACUUUGCACUUCGUGGUCGCCCCGGGCCCAACCCAGGCCUCAUGGGUGCAGCGCCUCAACAGCCUGCGGCGCAACAAAAGCAGCCACCCAAGGGACCGAAGAGGAUGAACGCCCAGCAAAAGGCUAUGCUGCGUAUGCAGCAGCAGGUUGAGCGGCUGGUAGCGGACAGGAAGAGCCGCAUUGAAAAGGCAGCGCAAGGGACUGCGAACCCGAAUUUGGAGGGAGCCCUGGGCAAAGUCGGGCUCAAUGUGGCUGGCAACCCGAGGCAAGCACUGCAGAUCGGCAAGAAGGGUGGGGACAGCGAUGCUGCUGCUGCCAGCGGUGGAGCGACGACUGCGGCAGACGUCGUGCGUCAAGCGCUGGAGGGAGCCAGCCUGGACAAGAACUCAGGCUCCGCCGCUGCCACCUCCGCAGACGGGAAGCGCCCGCCCCUCACACGUCAUCAAGCUCUUCGCAUUCUCGAGGAGCUCUACGACACGACCCUCGCCCUCGAGCAGCUGCGUCGCUCAGUCGACGGGGAUGCUGAGGCUCGCGCAGAGCAGGAGUCGCUCACGUCUCACCUCUGGAAGGAGCUCCGCGUCUUGGAGCCUCUGGAGAUUUCGGACCCGCACCCAUUCGUCUCGCUGCUCAACACUACCAAGGGAAAGAGACUCCUCCCCCGCGCUCUUCGUCACUUGAGCUCAGAGCAGACCCUGACCGCGCUCACGAUGAUCGUGGCCUCGUUCGACUCGCUCGACGUGGUCCGCCAUGCAGCCAUUUUGGACGACGAGCGCGCGGAGGGCAGUGAAGCACGCAGGGAGAUGGAAACGCAGACGGACGUAUUCAGCAACACGAUUGUGCCUGCCAUGCUGGGGUUGAUGGCAACCAGCCCAUUCAAGAUCGUGAUUGGCAUGCUGGCGCUAUUCGUCGAGAGGAACGAUGUCGUACUUGUUGCACGAUCUCGCGCGGGCAUUGCGUUCCUCACUAUCCUACUCUCAAGGGCAGAGGCGCUCAAGCAAGGCAGCGGUAACAACGCCCCCGCCCCCGAAGGAGGUGCAGAGUCGUCCUCACCACCUCCCCCAUCGCCGGAAGAACAAGCUCAAUGGACCCAAAUCUUCCGUCUCCUCUUCGAGCGCCUCGUCACCCGCUCUGGCUCUCUCGCAUCGCUCCUACCCUCCACUCGAGCAAAGGCAGCCCAGCCGUUCGGCUUCUCCUCUCACCUGUACUACGGCGGCUCCUCAUCCGUCGCCGAUCUCGAGCGUCAACGUCGCCUCGACGAGUCCGACGAACCUGCCUGGAAUCUUUUUGCUGCCCUCGCCGUCUCAGCGAGCAUGGAGGAGCAGUCAGUCCUUGUCCAGGAGCUUAGGGAGAAGAUUCUGGAGAAUGUCCUCGAGGCGAGAAGCAAGGGCGGAUCGGUAGAGUUGGAGCAGGCGGGGCGUCGCAAGUUGAGGUUGGUCAACAUUUUCUUGAAUGCCUUGAACUUGGAUGCGAGCCAGAUCACAGUGUAAAGAGAGGAGAGAGAGAGAGG